GACUGCAGAUGGCGCAUUGUUAUUGAAGUCCUUCCUAGUCAUAAUAACAUUGAAGGAUCUGUGUCACCUUAGAUCUACGUGAAGUUUUUUAUAUAUUUUUAAAAUCUUUUGAUCAUAAUUAUUGUGAUUGUUAUAUACAUGAAGAAGGCGAAAGAAGUGUGGUUUCAACUGUGUUUUUGUCCGAUCAGUUGAGUUUAUUUGAAUAUUAUAAAGAAGAGAAGAGACAUUUUAUACGUGGACAAUGGAAACAAAUACUCCUCAUAUUACAACGAUAAUGGUAUUAAUUUGGACCGUUUUAGCGAGCGCGCAGAUUCCCUUCUUGCACCAAAGGCAUCCCUUCAUCAGCCAGCAGUAUCGCAGUGUCGCGCACUACCCUUUCUCACGGAUCGCAGGGGUCUUUCGGGUCGUAGAUGAAGAUUCCUGCCGAUGUGUUCCUAGCUCCCGCCGAUGUGCCGUUGAGAUUAUGGAGGAGUCGGUCACUAAGGCUCGGUGGUUUCCUUGCCCCUUCAUGACGAAGUACUGCUGUAGGCGAGAGGAGGUUUUUGACCGGUCAGACGCUGAAGAAAUAAAACAUCAGAAUAUAAACUUGACAGAGAGUGGUGUCGGCAGGACUAACCCGUCUCAUGUGAACGCCCCGAAUGAUAGAAUAUAUAGUGAGAACAGUCACAGCAAUUUCAUACAGGUGGUUCCGCAAUCUCUAGAUAACCAACCGUUACCGGUUCCAAACGUUUCAGAUGCUUCAGUAAUGCCAGGCACGGCGAACUUUUCAAGUAUUUCAAAUGCUUCAGAAGUUUCAAGGGUAUUGGUUGCUUCAAAAACUUUACCCUUGACGAAGACUUGGAGAGACAGCGACAGCCAAACGUGCACGUGUACGACCCACGACCAGUGCCUCGCUUGGUGGUCGGAGCUGGACGAGCCUCCCCAGAUCAAGAUGAAGACGAACCUACAGUGCGAGGUGCCAGGUCAGGUCACGUGCUGCUUCGGCCGUAUUGUACCUCCUUAUCAUUAUAAAGCACAUGACCCGUCGUCCUCUGAAGACGCUGCUCGACACGCCUUCAAGACGUCCAGAUGGCGGCCUUUCGCAACGAUCUGGGGAUUUAGGGAUUUAAAUGCGUAGGUGAAGAUAGAAUCCACGAUGCGAGAUAUUUGACAUAUAUUUCGUAGGAACUCAAGAACUUGGAUAUGAAAAGGAUGAAAGAAGCAGUUUUGAUAAAACCUAUAUUAAUGGUCCAUAUGUUAUGUAUAUGGAUACUGUACCUUUUAAUGAUUGUUAAUGUAAUCUUUUAAGUUUUUGUUUUCUGAAUUGUUAUUGAUACCAGUCAGUAUCAAAUAAAAUACACAUUUUCA